AUGUCUGACAAUGUACGAGUGAUACGGUCCCCUUGGAGCACGACGAGCGGGAACGCAGUCGUCAGGGAGGUGACACCGAAUCCAACCUUGGUGUAUCGAUUCUUAAGGGACUCGGCAGUUAAAUUCAGAGUAGAUGUCGGGAGCAGGUAUGGCACGGUCGACUGGAAGGUAUCGUUUGCAACCCCGAAAAUUGGCGCAGGAUACGCCAUAGGGGAGGUUCAUUCUUCUGGUUGGAGGGAAGAAGCUCACUUUCUCACCAGUUAUUACCACUGCUUUCCUGUUCAGCCAACGAUGGCCUCACGCAUCCCGGUAGGCGUUCUUGGCAAACUAAGAUACGAGCGCAAUCACGUCUGGUCACUCGAAGUUGGGCAGUUCUUGGGAGCUUACGAGCUGCUCUACAAUAAUCCAAACGACGCUUCUAACCCUACCGUCGUUGCACAACGAAAGCAAGUUACAAACGAGAUUAACGACAGGCUUGCAGAGAACAGAAUAUUCUACAGGAUUCCCGAAAUCGCUGCUCCGGUCGCCACAGUGGUUUCCAACGUAGCACAACGAAAGCAAGUUACAAACGAGAUUAACGACAGGCUUGCAGAGAACAGAAUAUUCUACAGAAUUCCCGAAAUCGCUGCUCCGGUCGCCACAGUGGUUUCCAACGUACUAGACAAUGUCUGGGCGUUGGCAAGUGCCGAGCAUUGUGCCUUUGCGUUGAUCGCCGAGGCCGCCUUCUUUCUCUCCGAAGGCAUGAGAAUUGCUCAAGAUGAAUUUAAACCGCAAAUCAAAGCCACCGCUAAGAAUCGCCUCCGAGAGAUUGACGUCCGUUGCGAAGGCAUCGAACUGGAUUCUGACACAUUCUGGGAGAUACUCCAAGAGCAACCCCUUCAGGCACUGGGAACCCAGGGGCUUCAACAUCUAUUCCUGGCAAUGCAGCGACCUGUCAGCGUUCUCAUUUUAGCUGCAUCUCCUCAAGACCAGCCACAACUACAACUUGGCACGGAACGUCGCGAGCUCAAGGAGAGUCUUCAACAAACAAGAUUUCGAGACGCUUUCGAGAUUCACGAUGUGCCCAGCUGUCGUAUCCGGGACAUCACACAAGCCCUGAACCAAUUCAACCCAACCAUUCUCCAUUUCAGCGGCCACGGCAAUGAAGAUGGCAUAUAUUUCGAGAAUGACCAAGGACUGUCACAACUUGUCCUACCGAAAGCCCUUGCCGGUGUUUUCGAACACCACACAGGGCUAAAGCUUGUGAUUCUAAAUGCCUGCUUCGCGGCAUCACAGGCCCAAGUUAUUGCUGACAAAGUCGGACACGUCAUCGCCAUGGAGAAUGAGAUCCUGGACCGCGACGCUAUCUCCUUCUCCCGCUAUCUUUACUCUAGCCUCGGUUUUGGACGGUCCAUUGAAGAUGCAUAUGGCGAGGCAGCGAGAACAAUGGCACUGGAUACAUCAAGCACGCUGGAGUCUCGCCUUUUAAAAGCUCACUGUGACGACCCGACCAACAGGUCGCAGGAUCGGGCCAGGGACAAGGGCAGGUCAUGCACGCGGGACGACACACACCAGGUUAAGUAAGCAUCUCGUUAUGUCAGCAAGCCAGGAUAUGUGGGUCGCCACAUAUCCAGAGGUCCAGGAUAUGCGGAUCACAACAUAUCCCAAGAUCCAGGAUAUGGGGAUCGCAGCAUAUCCAGUGAUCCAGGAACACACCUCUAUGAAAUCACGAUGAAGGACAAAGGGUAUAUAGAGCACGGAGGAUCCCCUUGUAGACAGUCGUUACCUUUGUACUUCAGCGAUCAAUCUAAGUAUCACUCUUACCCUUCACUUGACCUAGUCACUCAAUUGAUUCAAGUGUGAUAUCUCGCAAGAGACACGAACG